AUCCAGGCUCUCGUUGUUGAAGAGGCUCGUGCGAAUCCAAGAUGUCUGCGCCCAUGUAACGCCGGCGGCAGACGCUGACUUCUUCCUCUGCCCCGCGCUCCUGUGAUACCUGGCUGACUCCGAGGACUAUGCUGGGCCGGACUCUCCGAGAAGUUUCCACAGCACUGAAACAGGGCCAGGUUACACCAACAGAGCUCUGCAAGAAAUGUCUCUCCCUCAUCAAGAAAACGAAGUGUCUAAACGCUUACAUUACUGUAUCAGAAGAGGCGGCCCUAAAGCAAGCUGAAGAAUCUGAGAGAAGAUACAAGCAAGGUCAGCCUCUUGGAGAGUUAGAUGGAAUUCCUGUUGCUGUAAAAGACAACUUCAGCACAGCUGGCAUUAAGACAACAUGUGCAUCAAAUAUGCUAAAAGGUUAUAUACCACCUUACAACGCUACAGUCGUUCAGAAGUUGUUGGAUCAGGGAGCUCUACUCAUGGGGAAAACAAACUUAGAUGAGUUUGCUAUGGGAUCCGGAAGCACAGACGGUGUGUUUGGACCAGUCAAGAACCCCUGGAGUUACUCAAAGCAACACAGAGAAAGGAGGCAGCGCGGUGAGCGGCCAGACUCGGGCUGGCUGAUAGCUGGAGGGAGCUCGGGCGGCAGCGCGGCCGCCGUGGCGGCGUUCACCUGCUUUGCGGCGCUAGGAUCAGAUACUGGCGGAUCCACAAGAAACCCUGCUGCCCAUUGUGGGAUUGUUGGUUUCAAACCAAGUUAUGGCUUAGUUUCCCGUCAUGGCCUCAUUCCCCUGGUGAAUUCAAUGGAUGUGCCAGGAAUAUUUACCAGAUGUGUGGAUGAUGCAGCAAUCGUGUUAGGUGUACUGGCUGGACAUGACCCCAAAGAUUCCACCACAGUGCAAGACCCUGUUAAGCCAUUCAUGACUCCCAACGCAAUGGAUGUGAGCAGACUGUGUGUAGGAAUUCCAAAGGAAUAUCUGGUACCAGAAUUGUCAAGUGAAGUUCGGUCUCUCUGGUCCCAAGCUGCUGACCUCUUUGAGUCUGAGGGAGCCAAAGUGAUUGAAGUCUCCCUGCCACACACCUGCUACUCAAUUGUCUGCUACCAUGUGUUGUGCACAUCAGAAGUGGCAUCGAAUAUGGCAAGAUUUGAUGGGCUACAAUAUGGUCAUAGGUCAAACAUUGAUGCGUCCACUGAAGCCAUGUAUGCUGCAACCAGACAAGAGGGAUUCAAUGAUGUGGUGAGAGGAAGAAUUCUCUCAGGAAACUUUUUCUUAUUAAAAGAAAAUUAUGAGAAUUAUUUUGUCAAAGCACAGAAAGUGAGGCGUCUCAUUGUGAAGGAUUUCAUGGACGUUUUUGACUCUGGAGUGGAUGUCCUCCUGACCCCCACGACCCUGAGUGAGGCUGUCCCAUACUCGGAGUUCAUCAAGGAAGACAACAGGACGCGCAGUGCCCAGGAUGACAUUUUCACACAGCCUGUAAAUAUGGCAGGCUUGCCAGCAGUGAAUGUCCCCAUGGCCCUCUCAAGCCAAGGCUUGCCAAUAGGACUGCAGUUAAUUGGACGUGCAUUUUAUGACCAACAACUUCUGGCAGUUGCCAAAUGGCUUGAAAAACAAGUACAGUUUCCUGUUAUUCAACUGCAAAACCUCAUGGAUGAUGGCACGUUGGUUCUCGAAAAUGGAAAGUUAACUUCUGUUUCUCUAAACUAGUAUUGACCAAGGUAUCACGCAAUUGGCUAGCGGUUGGAUGCUGGGGACCCAACGCUGGACUCAGCUUGCUAGGCAAGGCCUCUGCCACACAACUGAACCUCCACCUCUGUACCGCGCAGUUAAGAUGACUCUAAGAGGUGCUGUUCUUUAGAGCAUCGGUGAGCUCACUCAGCCCUGUCAACCUCGUCUGUCCUGAAUCACUUCUUCAAAUCCCUGUGAAGCUGUUAAUUGUAAUAUUCUAUACUUUCUAUACUGUCAUUGUAAUCCAUAAAUUCAAGUACUGAAUUUUAAUGUAACGCAGAAAUACAAGCUCCUAAAAACAAGGCAUUCUGCAUAAUUUUCAUUAAAAAGAACAGAUUACAAUAAAACUAAGUUUAGUAACAA